AUGGUCCUAAUGGGUGCAUUCUCUGAAGUUGUUUUAGCUGAAGAGAGAGCAAGUGGGAAACUCUUCGCAGUCAAAUGCAUUCCCAAGAAGGCACUGAAAGGAAAGGAAAGCAGCAUAGAGAAUGAAAUUGCAGUGCUGAGAAAGAUCAAGCAUGAAAAUAUAGUUGCUCUGGAAGACAUCUAUGAGAGCCCGAACCAUUUAUAUUUGGUCAUGCAGCUAGUGUCUGGGGGAGAGCUCUUUGACCGCAUUGUCGAGAAGGGGUUCUACACGGAGAAGGAUGCCAGCACCCUGAUCCGGCAGGUCCUGGACGCUGUGUACUACCUGCACCGCAUGGGCAUCGUGCACAGGGACCUCAAGCCUGAGAACCUGCUUUACUACAGCCAGGAUGAAGAGUCAAAAAUCAUGAUCAGUGACUUUGGAUUGUCAAAAAUGGAGGGUAAAGGAGAUGUGAUGUCCACAGCCUGCGGAACUCCUGGCUAUGUCGCUCCUGAAGUGCUGGCCCAGAAGCCCUACAGCAAAGCCGUGGACUGCUGGUCCAUCGGGGUCAUCGCCUACAUCCUGCUCUGUGGAUAUCCCCCUUUCUAUGAUGAAAAUGACUCCAAACUCUUUGAGCAGAUCCUUAAGGCAGAGUAUGAAUUUGACUCUCCAUACUGGGAUGACAUCUCCGAGUCUGCUAAAGACUUUAUUCGGAAUUUGAUGGAGAAGGACCCUAAUAAAAGAUACACCUGUGAGCAAGCAGCACGGCACCCUUGGAUUGCUGGGGAUACAGCACUCAACAAAAACAUCCACGAAUCGGUCAGCGCUCAGAUCCGGAAGAACUUUGCAAAAAGCAAAUGGAGACAAGCAUUCAAUGCCACGGCAGUGGUGCGGCACAUGAGGCGGCUGCACCUCGGCAGCAGCCUGGACAGUGCCAGUGCCAGCGUGUCCAGCACCCUCAGCCUCGCCACGCCGCUCCCCGACGCAGCCACACGGAAAGAUUCUUUGAUUGUUGAUUUUUACCUCCAGAGUCACAGAGGCCAUCUCUGAUGCCAACAGCAGUGUUCUUGCUGGGAAAACCAAACAAACAAAAAAAAUCCAGAAAAGCUCCAGCUGGCCCCUUAGCCUGCAGAAGAAGUUGUGAGGACAAGCUGCCCUUGAACUCUGUGAGCUGAAAGUCAGUAUUGC